AAAGCUUUGAUAAAAACUCCAUUUCCCAAGUUAAGAUCGAUCACCAUGACUAUGGAGAAGAAGAUGUUGAUGGGUAUGGCCGUGGUGGCAAUGCUAGUGUGGGGCUCUUCCGGUGCGGCGGAGACGGUGGCGCAGAAGUGCAACGACCAGUUCCAGAAGGUGGCGGUGUGUCUGACCUACGCGACGGGGAAAGCGGCGACGCCGACCAAGGAGUGCUGUGAGUCGGUGAAGGGGCUAAAGGAGACCGAGCCGGAGUGCUUGUGCUAUGUGAUUCAGCAAGCCAACAGUGGAUCCGAGGAGAUCAAGAAGAUGGGGAUUCAGGUGGCUAAGUUGCUUCAGCUCCCUUCUGCAUGCAGCUUGAAGAACGCCAGCGCCAGCAACUGUCCCGCGCUACUAGGGCUGGCCCCCAACUCCCCAGAUGCUGCUAUCUUCACAAAUGCUACUACUACAGCUACGUCAGCAACACCCGCAACUUCUGGACAAUCUGCUCCUGAAACGGCCACCGGAAACAGUAAUGGAGUGACUAACCUUGGACCUGGUUAUGCCGGUCUGGUGGUGGCGGUGGCUGUGUGCAUCGUCUUCCUUGCCUUCCCACCGGCGGGUGGCCGGAUUUGUGCGCCUCUAAGUAAUUAACUACGUGCUUUGUGUUUAGCUCAGUAAUGUGAAGAAGUUGGCCUUGAGGAGUACUAGUAAAGUAGUAUUCUGAAUUUAAGAGUUCUUGGUUGUUUUUGGGCGAUCUCCUAGACUAAGUUUGAUUGUCUUUUGCUUAGUUUGUAUUGUUCCCAUGACUCGGUUUCGGUUUGUGUUCCCGCGGAUUUACCACUUAAUUUCCAGGCCUGUUCGAAUUUUAAUUGAUCAGUGAAGAAUAGUACUCUUCAUUGUUGUUGAAAGUGUUCAGUGUUUAUUUGUUGAAGAUCAAUUUUUGCC